CUUAAGUCCACCACUUUUUGGAGUUUCUCAAUUGAAUAUUGCAGUAGCUCAAAUGAGAAGAAAAUAGAAGAUGGGAGGCAUGAAAUAUAUCAUUUCCCUGGUUUUCUUCUUUAUUUUCCUAGAAGGAAGCAAAACAGAGCAAGUAAAAUAUCCUGAGACAUAUUGUGUGUUUCAAGACAAGAAGUAUAGAGUGGGUGAGAAAUGGCAUCCCUACCUGGAACCUUAUGGACUAGUUUACUGUGUGAACUGCAUCUGCUCAGAGAAUGGGAAUGUGCUUUGCAGCCGAGUCAGAUGUCCAAGUCUUCACUGCCUUUCACCAGUGCAUAUUCCUCAUCUGUGCUGCCCUCGUUGCCCAGAUUCUUUACCACCGGUGAACAAUAAGGUAGCCAGCAAGUCAUGUGAGUACAAUGGAACCACUUACCAACAUGGAGAACUGUUCAUGGCUGAAGGGCUCUUUCAAAACCGGCAACCCAAUCAGUGCACCCAGUGUAGCUGCUCGGAGGGCAAUGUGUACUGUGGUCUCAAGACUUGCCCCAAACUGACCUGUGCAUUCCCAGUCUCUGUUCCAGAUUCUUGCUGCCGAGUGUGCAGAGGGGAUGGAGAAUUGUCGUGGGAACAUUCUGAUGGUGAUAUCUUCCGGCAACCUGCCAACAGAGAAGCAAGACAUUCUUACCUCCGAUCUCCCUAUGAUCCUCCACCAAGCAGACAAGCUGGAGGUCCUCCCCGCUUUCCUGGGGGCAGAAGUCACCGCGGAGCUCUUAUGGAUUCCCAGCAAGCAUCAGGGACCAUUGUGCAGAUUGUCAUCAAUAACAAACACAAUCAUGGACAAGUGUGUGUUUCCAAUGGAAAGACCUAUUCUCAUGGAGAGUCCUGGCACCCAAAUCUACGAGCAUUUGGCAUUGUGGAAUGUGUACUAUGCACUUGUAAUGUCACCAAGCAAGAGUGUAAGAAAAUCCACUGCCCCAAUCGAUACCCCUGCAAGUAUCCUCAAAAAAUAGAUGGAAAGUGCUGCAAGGUGUGUCCUGGUAAAAAAGCAAAAGGUGCUUUGGCUGGAGGACCUGCCUUUGGUUGAAUGAGAGCCACACAUAGUCCUGUUCAGUCUUCUUUGUGCAUCAAAAACAUAAAUGAUCAAUCAUAUAUUUCUAGUAAUAAUAGUUCUAGCAUAAUUGAACUUCAUCCUUUCCUCUUCUGAGAGACAGAUGGUUGCUUUUGAGGAAUUAACUACUCACAAAUAUCCUGGGGAGUUUCUUGUGUCUACAAACUCAUACACAUGUCAAAUUGCUUAACUUGUUCUUGCUUUGCUGAAUUAGAUAGUUUAUGUUAUCACUGUUUUAGGAAAACACUCAAACCUUUCACAUUUUAAAUCACUAACUCACUUCAAGCCAUAAUCCAGUACUCAUUUCAGAUGAGAGAUGCAUGAGUUACAGUGGAGGGAAAUUAGGUUCUGAUUCAAAUUUCAGGUCAUUGUAUGACCUUGAAAAUAUACCAGACCCAUAUUAUCUGAGCCUCAUCAGCCCUAUGUGAAAAAUUAAAGCAGUUUAUCACUGUGCUCCAUUUUUAUAUUUUAAUUAUUUUUGACACAUAGUAUCUGUCUAUAUUUAUGGGAUUCAGCUUGUUAAUUCAAGACAUAUAUACAAUUUGUAAUUAUCAAAUCAAUGUAAUUCUCAUUCUAUCUCCUCUAAUAUUUAUCCCUAGACUCUUCUACGGACUCUUCAUUUUGAAAUUUAUAAUAUUUUUUUUGAUAUGGUAACCCUACAGUGCUAUAGAAAAUAGAAAUAAUUCAUUCUAAUGGUGUUUUAGUAUCUAUUAUUCAACGUGUCACCCCUUCACUAUAUUCCAACACUAAAAUCUUAUAUUAUUUCUCAAUUAAUAACAAGACAAUGAAGUGUAUAAACUGACUUUCCCAGAGCUAUGUAACUGAUAGUACAAUCAAGACAUCAAACCCAGGUCACUUCUAGCCCAUGUCUUUAUAGUUGAACAUAUUCCUGAACUUUUCUAAAGGAAAAUUAUUCAAAUGGUGGUUUUAAAGACACAAACUAGAUUAAAAUGUCACCUAUAAUAUUGGCAUUAUAACUAUAACUUUGGCUUGCUACAGUUUUCCUGUGUGGUCUAAAAUAGACCACAACUUUGUGGUUCAACUUUGUGAGGCCCAAUUUCUUUUUCUUCAAAAUGAGAUGGUUAAAGCAAGUGACUUCCUAUAGCUACCACCACCACCACCCCAAUCCCAGAAUUCCACUAUCAGUGAGUUAGCCAUUCUCACGCACAUGACUUCAUUAUUUCUUUGGCCUUCUGAAAAUAAUUUAUGUAAACCCAAGUGGAAAACAUAUACCUUUUAUAAUGGAGAUGGAUAGAUCAUUUAUUCCUUACAUUAAAGAGUUGCUCCUGCCUAGCAGGCAAACAUGCAUUUGCUGUAAAUACAUGAGCAUCUUCAUGUGAUUCAAUGAUUCCUGAAACUGGCUGUACACUGGAAUACCUAUGGGGUUUCUAAAAGUACCUGUGUCCCAUCUCCAGAGAUUGUGACCUCAUUGAUUAGUAUUGUGGCAUGGGCUUUGAACUCUUUCUAAGAGUCUCAGACUCCUUUGACGUGCAGAAAUGUUUUAGAACAAUUACUCCAUGUUCACAGUGGUUCAUGGUCCUUAGAAGUGGUUCAUGUGGUUGGUGGACCAGCAGUAGUAUCUAGGACCUAAGUAUAAAUGCUGACUUUGAGGCCUCCAUCUGCUCUGCAUCUUCAGUUAAGAUACUCAAGUGAAGUAUAUUAAAAAUUGAGAAGUAAAUCAUCACUUAAAUUAUUACUUAUCAAGAAGAAAGCAUAUUCUAGUAAUGAUAAGAAUAUUAGGUUUACCCAAACAUGAUGACUUAUUGUCACCUCACUUAUUGUCACUAUAUUUGAUCCACAAUCUUUAUGUGAGUUAUAAUCCCCCAAUAUGUUUUUCUCUUAGGCCAAAGAUCUAACAUUUACAUUUAGGCAAUAAUCUUAGGCAAAACCCAGUAAUUACCUAAAUACUGAAAAUAAGGUUUUCCAAAUUGAUUUCUUUAUUUUUAGACAAAAUCUCAUUUCACACUGUGCUUAGAAUUUUAUUGAUAUGGGUGAUUCAAAAUAAAAGGAGAAAAUGGGACACAGAACAUUCAGUACUUUAAGAAAUAAUUUCCCUCUCAGGUUGACAGUGUUUUACGAACAUCUGGAUAAGCAACUCCACCUCUGAAUUUAUUCUAAGAAAGAAAAUGGAGACACAUAAAGGUUUAGAAGCCAGGACUUUUGGUGCAGGGUUAUUUACAAUAGUGAAAAAUGGACAUUAAUCAGAAAAUUCACUCAUAAAGGAAUGGCUAAAUUAUGAUAUAACUGUGUUGUGGAAUAUUGUGCAGACAUUAAAAUUGUUGUAGACCAAGACUACUGGCAUGGAAAUACUAAGUUUAAAAUCAAGCUACAAAAAUAUGUGAAUUAUUCUUAAUUUUUGUGUUUAAGAAAGAGUUUGUGUGUGCUUAGAUUUUUUUGAAGCCUGAAGGGACUAUGACAGAAUGUUUACAGAGAUCAUCUUUGGAAAACUGACUUAUUAAGUAUUCCUAUUUUCUUCUUUCACUUGUAUUUUUUAAACUUUCAAUAAUAAGCAUGUAUUACUUUCAUCAUUUGAAAACAUAAUAAAAGUUGUUUUUAAAAUCA